AUGGGGAUCAAGGCGAAGAAGGUGCCCCCAAAGAGCAAAGCCGUUGUCAAGCGUGCAGGUGAGAUUUCCAAGUCGAGAGUUGAAACCCGAACUGUCGGUGUGGAGAAGAAAGCACAGCGGCCUCGCGUCACUUUCGAGGAUGAUAACCAUGACGACAACUCGACUGCUCGCAAAGCAGCCGCCGCUGCGGCAAGACGCAUGGAGUCCAGUGGUAUAAUAAAAUCCAAGAAGCGGUUGCGUGAUGAAAACGAGGACUCCGUCCCUCAGGAAUUGGAUGAUGAAACUGAAAACCAAAGCGACGUGGAUGACCUUGAGAGCAGUGGCAGCGACGACGAAUCUAUAGGGAGUGACGACUUUGGUGGUGAUUCCAGUGACGAUGACCAGGAGGAAAGCGAUAAGAAGGAGAAUCCCUUCGAGAAGGCAAAGCGAGAGGGGACGCGGCUCUCCUAUUCUGUACUCCGCCUCCGUUUCCUUCCCCCGGAGUUUCAAGAGACGGAAUUGUUCAAGUUUUUUUCUCAAUUUGGUGCGAAAGUGCUCAACUGCUUCUGUGUUCGCAGUCGUCGUACACAUCAGUCGAAAGGAAUCGCCUACGUGCAGUUUGAUGAUGAGUCGGUGCUUCCUAUCGUGGUUGAAGAAUGUCAUGGCAUGGCACUUGGUGGCUUCUGCGUACAGGCCCGUGUGGCAGUCCUCCACCGUCCUAUGCCACCGAAGGAAAAAGUGAAGCAGCGCCGCCAGUUGGCAUACGCCUAUAAAACAAAGGGCAUAUCGCUACAACAACAUGACGUUCGUUACAAGAAUCCCAUAGCCGCCCUUAUAAAGUACUCGAAAACUGAGAAGAAAAACAAUGCUCAACUGAAAGCCCUGGGUAUAGACUACGCAUGCCAUGACUUUUGCAAACAGUUGGAAAGGGUGCCACCAAGUGCCUUGGCACGCGGGCCAAAGGAGAAGUGCCAGGAAAUAGCAAGCAAAAGAGGGGUCGGCAGUAACGACAGCAGUAGGGUUAGUGGCAAGAAGCAGAAUGGAAGCAGCAAUGCAAAUGGUGUGGCAGGAGGACGAAAGAAAAAUAAAGGUGGUGGGGUGCGGUCAACGGUCGUGUCUUCCUCUUCAGUAGCCACAGUUCCAGCCUCAAACGUGUCGGGGAAGAAUAGUCCAGUGAAUAAAAAAGGGACACAUCCCAAACAGCGAAAGCAACCUCAGGAGGACAAAAAGACGGUAAAACCGCAACAUCUCACCAAAUCUUCAUCGGUGAAGGCGACCAAGCCCCGAGUUAAGCGCGACCCGUCGUAA